CCGUGAAACACAAGUUAAUAAAGGAUAUAGGCGAAAUAGAGUUAUCAAAGGAACAGUUCUCUCAGUAAGCAUUGCUAUUACAACUAUAAAGAUUUGCCUGAUGGUUCUGAUAGCUGUAAGCCUUUAGAAACUGUGAUACGAUUUUAAGAUUGAUGAAUUUUACGUAAUGAUGAGACAGAACGUGGGACUGGCAAUUCAUCGCGUUAUCAGUUGCAAGUGCAACUACGCUCGAUACACGGUUUAUUUUAUCAUUUUAUUAAUUUUCGUUUCAUGUCAGUCAGAGAACAUUUAUUCCAAAACGCCUAACCAUGCACGAAACAAUAACCCUUGUUGUUAAGCCACUACAUAAUAAUCCGAGCUCUCUUUGGCGCACGUUCAACAACAAAACAAACGCAACGUUGUGAUUCAGUAAUCUGAGAGUGAGGCAAGCUGUUCAGGCGUCGGUUCGAGGAAGAGGGCGAGUUUAGCUCAAACGUUCUGGGCCUCGACCAAUCGCAGCGAUCAAGGAAAAAGGACCAGAACGUGGUUAAGUAUGACCCUCCCUCCAGUGUUUGGUAUAGCGCUCACUCCACAGCAUUUGCCCUUGGAGUUGUUGAAUUUCAAUCUCUUAGGUUGGAUUCAGGACGCUUCACUGACCAACAACAAUAUACCAAGCCAGAGCCGAAAAAUAUAUAUAACAGCAAAUAUAUCUGCAAACGCCAUGAUGUCUUUUGGCUACACUGGCAUCACGGACACAUUCGUUCACAGUCCUUUUAGCCUCGACGACUUCUACGCGGCAGGAGAAGCCACCAAUAUCGACGCGGCAAGAGGGAGUCCACACCACGGCGCAUCUUUUCAAAGUCUCGAUGUCACAAGAUGGCGAGGUCAGGAGUGCCUCGAGUGGGUCACAAGCAUAUGCCGACGAGCGAGGCCAUUGCAACUGCCGCAAAUACGUAGGAACGUAUUUUCUAGAAUUGUCUACCACCUUAAUUAUACUGGAUCUCUGAUAGACUGA